UCUUUCUCAAUGGAAGCAGAUACACAUACGAAUAAGAAUAAAGAAGCCGAAAACCAACGGCGCAAACCUUCGCCUUCCGUCCAUCGAUCCCUAUCCAAAAAUACUACCGUGUCCAUUUCGCGUUCAACACCUUCAUUGCCCGAUCUAGUCAAUCAUGCAUUGUCGUCAGCAACUGUUGGACUGUCAAACAAAGAUUUACAUUUAUCGAUGAGACGAGGGCUUAGUGUUCAGCAUACUCAAGAACUGGCUUCUCCACCAUCAAUAGAGGAACAACCUAGAAAAAAUGUUUUAAGAAAACGGAGACAUUCGUUCACUACUUUUCUAAAUUUAAAGCUUGUCAAAAGAGCUUUACCGGACGAAGAUCUUAUUGAGGGCAGCAGGACAAUCCUACCAACUGUAGCAGAUUUUCAAAUAGAUUUGUCGAGUAAAUUAACCAUGAGUGGAAGACCGCCAAAAACACAUACAGGCAAGAAGGGACACAGACCACGAUCUUACUCAGAAAUCACCUAUAAUAUACCGCACGUAGAAAGAGCGCCACCUGUGGCUAUCACGAACAAAAUGCCAGCAUACGAAUACUAUGGAUUUGCUAUGUAUCUAGCAUCAUUUGUGGCAUUUUCUAUAUAUAUCAUUUGGGCUUAUGUUCCUGAUGAAAUAUUGCAUAGUCUAGGAAUCACGUAUUAUCCUAACCGAUACUGGGCCUUAGCUGUACCGAUUUGGUUAAUGACACUUGUGUGGUUCAUUUUCUUUUCUUUCGUGACCAUUAACUUAAUGAAUACAAAACCUUUUAAUUCUUUGAAUUGUAUAACAGAUGAGCAUGCUAAUCUAGCGCUUAUGGAUAAUGAACUAAUCUCGAACCGACCGUCUGAUUGGAUACCAGAACUUCACGAUAUACCUAUCAACCUUGUGAAUAAGCUAUUAUAUCAACAAGAGGAAUAAUCAUCUGUUUUGCAGCACUGGAAAAUUGAAAAGCAGUAUGGGUGUAGCAUUUUCACAAAAAAUAAAAUAAAAAUCCAAAUCACAC